CAGUUUCUGCUUGGGGCUCGAUGUGGUAAAAGGAUAGAGCCAAUGAUGAAACGGGCUGCAACAGAAACACAACACAAUAACACGCUGAAAUGUCGACCCUACUGCGUAGACACCACAAGCUGCAAUUUCUGAUCUAACAUGGCGUCGGAGACUUUUCGUCUUCUUUCAUUUAGCUGGCAUGUUAGCUAGUUAGCAUGAUGUGCUAUGGCUAACGUUAACUACCAGCACAGGGUCUCCAACUGCCAAUAGCCUGGUUGUGUAACGUUAAUCAUGUAUACGUUGCUACUACUGUUUUAUCUAUGUUGUUGCCUAGCCACUUUACCCCUACCUGUAUGUACAUAUCUACUUCAAUAACCUCGUACCCCUGCACAUUGACUCGUAUGAGCACGGGGGAAGAUGAGGACUCGGUGACCCUGGAGUCUGUCAACUCUGUCACUCUCACCCAGGACAGCGACGGCAGCAUCAUACUACACUGUCCUCCACACGAGGGAGACGAGAGCUUCGAGGUGACUAUGACCGCCGACGGUGACAUUACAGAAGAGGGUGUGGCCCAGAUACAGAUCUUGCAGAGCUCUGAUCCUCAGAGCAGUGAAGAGAUAUCUCCUGUCAGCCAGGCCUGGUUCACCACCAAGGAGGAUAAAGACACAUUGGUUAACAAAGGUCAUAAGUGGAAACAGGGCAUGUGGUCCAAAGAGGAGAUCGACCUCCUGAUGAGCAACAUCCAACAAUAUGUGAAGGGUCGGGGGAUGGAGGACCCAGCUGAGAUCAUCUUUGAGAUGUCUAAGGAGGAGCGUAAGGAUUUCUACCGCAGCGUGGCCUGGGGUUUGAACCGGCCGCUGUUCGCCGUCUACCGACGAGUCCUCCGCAUGUACGAUAACCGCAACCACGUGGGCAAGUACUCUCCUGAGGAGAUCAACAAGCUGAAAGAGCUGAGACAGAAGCAUGGUAACGACUGGGCCACCAUAGGAGCCGCUCUGGGCCGCAGCGCCUCCUCUGUUAAGGACCGCUGCCGACUAAUGAAGGACACCUGCAACACAGGGAAGUGGAGUGAGGAGGAGGAGAGGCGUCUAUCGGACAGUGUGUAUGCGCUGGCGGGCGUGUGUCCGGGCCGCGCGGUGACGGCCGGGGUGUCGUGGGCGGCUGUAGCUGAUCUGGUGGGAACGCGGUCGGAGAAACAGUGUCGCUCUAAAUGGCUCAACUACCUCAACUGGAAACAGAGUGGAGGGACGGAGUGGACCAAAGACCAGGACCUCAGCUUAGUACACAGGAUAGUGGAGUUGGAUGUGGAUGAUGAGAAUGAGUUGAAGUGGGAGGAGCUAGCGGGAGGGUGGAGCAGUGUUCGCUCUCCUCAGUGGCUCAGAUCUAAGUGGUGGAGCAUCAAGAGACAAGUAGCCAAUCACAAGGAACUGCCCUUUCACGUGUUACUGAAGGGUCUUCAGGAGUUGAUGGAGACUCAGGUGCCGUUAGGGGCGGGCACUGGGCCAGGUAGCCCUUCCCCUUCCCUGCAGAUCCGAGUCACGCGAUUGGAGGAGUGCUGUAGCUCCGCCCCCCGUCCCGUCACAGCACUGCAGAUCCCACUGCAGAUCACACACCUGGCCUCAGACAGUGCUGGUGCCAGUGACACAGAGACCAUCACCCUCAACACUGCUGCUCUGCAGACCUUACAGAUCCUACCUUCUUUCCACCUGCACCCUACAGGGACUCCAGGGACGUACUUCCUUCAGACAGCAGCCAAUCAGAGCCUGCCGCUCAGUCUUUCCAGCAAUCCCACCGUCACACUGACAGCCGGCUCCUCCCCGUCGUCCCCAGAACACAUCAUCCUACACAGCCUCUCAACGGAGGGUCUUUGUUCCAAUGACAGCGUCAUCAUUCAGACGGUCACCUCUGACCACACCUCUCCAGAGCCUCUUUGCCAAUCACAGCUGGUUGUGGAGAUGCAGGGGGAGGAGCCAGAGCAGAACUUCCUGAUUGGUUCCUCAGAAGACGGAGCCACCGAGACUCCGGAGCCAAUGACAGACAGCUUUACUGCCAAGGUCCUGGACUCUCCCUCUCAGGAGGAGCAGGUGGUGCAUUCUGGGAUAGCGAAGGGGGCGGUGCUUAUUGUUUCUCCUACAAAUGUCAGCAGCACACUAACAGAUCUGAUCCUAGAGAACCAGGAUGGUUCUGACUGAGCUGGAUAACAUCAUCACUGAUGGAGCCAAUCAAACAGCAGAGUGGACAUGUCAUCAUUUUGGACAUUAUUUCUGAUUGGCUGAGUUGGCCAUUAAGCCCCUCCCCUUUAAAUGUUCUCUUGGGUAUGGCAGUAAUACACCUAAUACUGGUAUGUACACCGCCAUCAAACCCCAACCAAGAAGAAGUUCUCUUGGGUCAGAGGUGAGACUGACAUCAUCGUGUGUUCCUGUGGGGGCCGGCCUACUGACCACACAAAGAACAGGACAGAUACUCAUUCAUCUGACACUGUGAAUUAUAUCUGCAUUUAGUUUAUUUAUGUGUAAUAAAAACUCCCACAGUU